AUGAGCUCUAAAUCACGCAACAUAAAAAAACGCCCCCAAAUUGCCAUUGUAACUAGAGACAUCUUCCAUACAGCCUUAAAAAUGAUGGUAGAGUAUUUUGCAAAAACCUGUAAUAAAGAUAUUCUAAGGAUUGGCUUGAAUUCACUUAAUUCUCAAUAUUUAGGAUUGAAGGACCCACUUCUUUCACAAUAUGCCAAUGGUUUUUCAUCCAAAGAGCACGAAAAAAUUUGGAAUAAUGUCACAAAGGAUUUUAAUGAAAUCUUACAGCCAUGUAUUGAUAUUGCUUUUUCGGUAAAUCAAACUAGGCUAGAGCCUGAGUUUCAGCCCCCUUUGGAAUCAUUGCCCUUGCAACCGGAGCAAUUUCAUAGAAAUGAAACUCCCGUUUCUAGAGUCUCUGACACAUAUAAUCCGGAAUGGAUAAACCCUAUGCAAAUUGGAUUAAUUAGCCGUCUUCCGCCCAAUGAUGUAUCAACUAUCCCAUGUGAAAUUGUUCUACCUAAUGACGAAUUAUUUUCUAUUCCAGAAGCAUGGUCUGAUACAUGUGCAUCCCGCAAUAUUCUCUCUAAGGGCCUCAGAAAGAAGCUUGGGCUAAAUAGUGAUAAAUCCCGCACUAUAGAAUUGGAUAAAAUUGGUACUAUAACAAGGACCCUUGGUACCAUUUCUGGAUUAGGCAUUAAA